GUGGUGGGUAUCCAGCAGCUUCGUGCGGCAUGGACAGCGAUGAUGAAAAUACAGAAGAGGUCGUGGAAGGUCCAUUGGAUGAAGAUGAUCAGCCCCAUGGGUUCUGCACAGUAACCUAUUCAUCUAGUGAUCGUUUUGAAGGACACUUUAUUCACGGAGAGAAGAAUGGCAAGGGAAAGUUCUUCUUCUUUGAUGGAAGUGCACUGGAGGGUUUCUAUGUAGAUGAUGCUCUGCAGGGCCGGGGGCUGUAUACAGAUGAAGAUGGAGCUGUCCUCCAUGGGACCUAUGUGGAUGGAGAGCUCAAUGGACCCGCUCAGGAGUGCAAUGCAGAGGGCCGUCUGGUGUUCAAGGGCCAGUACAAAGACAACAACCGCUGUGGGGAAUGCUGGAUCUACUACCCUGAUGGAGGCUGUGUGUUUGGGAAGGUGAAUGAGGACGGGGAGAUGACUGGUGACUCCGUAGGGUACAUCUACCCUGGCGGGCACACGGCUCUCUGUGGAAGCUUUGUGGAUGGAGACAUCAUUGAGGCUCGCCUUGCCACCAUGAUCACCACCGAGAGUGGAAGGCCACGCUUCGAAAUCACACCGAACAGUCCUGUGUACUCGUACGACAAGUCCACGUCCACCUGUAUCGCCACCCAUGCUUUGCUUCCUGACCCUUAUGAGAAUCAAAGGGUGUUCGUGGCAGACUCUAUGAUCAAAGGAGCAGGAGAGGGGCUGUUUGCCAAGACGGACGCUGAUACUGACACCGUGAUGGCUUUUUAUAAUGGAGUUCGCAUCACACACUCUGAGGUAUGAUACAUAGAGUUCAUGUAAAGACCCGCAAGGAUUGUGGAGCAGCUGAACUCAUUUUGAAAAAUAAAAAUGACAGAUUUGAAUAUUAGUAUUAUCUGAAAUGUUGAUAAUAAUUAAAUAAAAUCCUCAUAUUGAGUGUAAGUAAAGUAGUUAACAGGGGAGCAGAAACGUUUUUAAUUGUUUGGUAAAAUGUGAAUGCAAAUAGGAAAAGUUCAUUGUGGUUCAGAUAGAUAGCUAAAAGUAAUAGCUAAAUGAUUAAAGUUGUUAACUUAAUAUAAUGGAGAAAUGAUUGAAAUAUUUAGCUUAAAGUAAUAGAUAACAUUUGAAAUGGUUAGCUUAUAGUAAUCAAUAAACAAUUUAAAUUGUUAUAUAGAGCAAUAUACGUUUACAGUUUUGGGGGGUGGGGUGGACACCGACACAAACACUUAAAGGAAUCAUGGUGUUGACUGGCAGGGAGACUCUAUAAAUGGCCUGUUUAUGCUGUCUACAUAUUUGACAGAACAUUCCUAAAACCAAAAAGAAAACUGAAAUAAUCCCCUAUUCAUUCUCUAUGUACUGUAUUUAUCUAUGUAAUCUGUCUAUUUAUUUAUGUAUUUACUUCCCAAGAUCAGUCUUGUACAGCCAGGGGGAGUAUUCCUCCUCUGACAGUCAAGCUGGGUCAAAACCUGUUAUCCGGUGGUGACUGGACUUUAGCUGCUUGGGGGGGGGCGUGCGUGCUGUGUGUGUGUGUGUGUGUGUGUGUGUGUGUGUGUGUGUGUGUGUGUCUUUUUUUUUUUACAUCACAAAAACCUGGCAUUUAACAGUGUGUAGACUUUUUACAUCCACUGUAUAUCUCAAAUACAGAAAUGAUGGGAGUGUUAGCUCCCAUCAUUUCCAAAGGCUUCUCAAACAAAGAUGUAC